AUGGAUAUUUUACAGGAAGUCAAUACAUCAACGCAAGCAACUACAGAAGGCGACCCACGUUCCUUGGUAACAGUGUGCUUCGAAGCAACCAUUUUGGGUUUAAUAAUUCUCGCUGCUGUAUUCGGGAACUCUUUGAUUUUGACAUCCUUGUAUCGCUUCACUUGUCUACAAACCAAGACGAAUGUUUUUGUUUUGAACCUAGCGAUCGCGGAUUUAUUUCUCGCUGUACUAGCGAUGCCUUUUACGCUCGUCUCUUCCAUAACUUACGACUGGAUCUUCGGAACAGUAAUGUGCCAAAUCCUUGGCGCGUUAAACUCUAUUUUCUGCGAAGCAUCGAUAUGCACAUUAACUUUCGUAAGCAUCGAACGAUUCAUAGCAAUAGUCUAUCCUUUGAAUUACGAAACAUUAAUCACUACUAAACGGGUGAAAAUCAUCAUUAGCUGUAUUUGGUUGCAAGCUGUUAUAUGUGUGUUUUCCACGUUCAUUUUCUCUGAAUUCAAGUUCUUGAAAUUCGAAGCGGUUUGCACAGUGAAUUGGGAACGGAAUUUUGCUUACACGCUCAUUUUCGCCUUCAUUUUCCUUUUUGUACCUUUUCUUAUAACGGCUGUGUUGUACUGUAUUAUUUUAAAAACAGCCAUAAGGCAGCGCCAGCGCAUCAAUGUCAUCAAAGUCGGCGAGAUCUCUUCCGAAAGAUGUGGGAAAAAGGUCCCGACCGGAGAAAAAAAGACAAAAAAGGAAUAUAAAGCAACUGUCAUGAUUGCAAUUGUGAUAGGAACUUUCUGCCUCUGCUGGUUUCCGCAUUCAAUCGGUGUUUUCUGCAUUAUUGACCCGAACUGCAACUGGGACGAUUCUUUUUUCGUGGCGACUACAUGGCUUGCUAUGUUAAAUAGUGCCAUGAACUCCAUCAUCUAUGGUUUGAUGAACCGCAGUUUCAGGCGCGCUUUUAAGAGCGUUUUAUGCUGUGAGCGUUACGUAGGGAACGAGGACUUAGCAACAAAUAUUCAACAAGAGAGAAUAACAGGCGAUAGGAAGAGCAAUUUGUUAAACCGAUAUUCUCAACAUCAAUAG